AUGAAUGAUAAAUUUCAAUAAGAUAGGAGUAGUAAUACUUGGAAUGAGCGAAAUCAGUACUUAUCAACAGGAGCAAACACUAAAUUAGAUAAAAAGCGUGUAUCCUCAUCAUUCAGUUAUUAAAGUGAACACCUAUAACAAAAUGAUAAGUAUAAAAACGAUGAAAUUGACUAUAAAACAGCACUCUCAGAUGAUAAGAGGUAGUACAGAACUAGAAGCCAUAGAUCUUUACAAGAAUAAUUAAACUACGAUGAUUACGAGGAGCUUAAAGAUGAUAACGAAAACUAAACUACAGUAUAUUUGAGUCCAACGAAGGAAAACUCAUUUCACAGACGACACUCAACUAAGAAUUAGUUUUUGCCUAAUAUUAACGAAGAUCUUCAGUUUUAAUUUCUUGAUUCAGAGAGAAAGCAGAAAAAAGGUUCUAGUGACGGGGAUGAGUACGAUCAAGAUGUAUAAAUUGAGUAACAAUAGUACUUUGUCAAUGAAGAAAAAGUGAUUAAAAAUCACCUUAAGCUUAACUUAGGUUUGCAAGGAGCAUAAAUAAUAAUAUUUAUUCUUGCAAUCCUAAUAUUUGAUUGGACUCACCUGCAUGUAACAAUUGAAAAAGAUCAUGUGAGAGAUUAUCAUGUAACAUUAAUGCAACUUGAGACAGAUGACGAAUAUAAGGAGGUAACGUGGCUUUAUAGUUUGACUAAUAGCUGCAUUGACAAGGAGUCAGGAGAGGCUAGCUCAGUUCCUGAUUAGCUUUGUGAAAGAGCAGGCUCGUUGUUUUUAGCAGGAGCUUUUACUGGAGUUGGUCUUAGCAUAUGCGUUAUAUUGAACAUUUAUAUAACAUUAAGUUUGGCACUUUUCAUUAAGAAAUUCCAACUUUCACCCUUUUAAAUGGUAAUUUAUCUCAAACCUUAUUCCCUUUUAGUUGUUAGCAUGAGUUUUAUUUACGUUGCUGAUAUUGGCUUAGGACAAUACUUUUCAAUGAUUGGCAUAAUCUUUGCUGUUCUAUCGCGACAACAUUUCCUCAAGCUAAACAGAAAAAUAAUUCACCUAUCGCUAGUUAAGAAUUUUAUGGUAGACGAAUAGUGA